AUACUCAACAUCUGUGAGGCAUUUCUCACAAACAGGAACCUACCCGAGCAUCUGAAGACAGUUUGUUCCUAGAAUCUCACAAAGAACAUGUUCUUUUACUAAAUAUCUGACCACUUUUUGGAAACAGGUACAGGAAACUCUGCUCUUACGUUCUUUGAAUAGCGGAUCUGCAGGGACCACAAUGCAACUGGACAGCAACGGCCUGUCCGUGCAGUGCUACCUGAAGCCCAGGAUUAUGGGUAAGGUAAGGCGUCGUCUUCAGGAGAUGAAGAGCCCCUCCACCCAGACGUCCACUAUGGACUUGAGUCACAAUGAGAGUGCCCGUAUGGCCACUGAUGCUCUUCUGGACCAGGGCCUGAAGGCCUAUAAGGAAGUUCUGUCCAGAGAAGAGGAAGCAGACUUUCUGUCUAUGGAGGAAAAGGGCUACAUAUUGGGCAACCUUAAAGAGCCUGGGAUAAACAGCGUAGAGGAGGUGAAAGAGGAGGAGAUGUCCUGCUCCAGCUCAGAGUCCAGCUCACAGACCUACUUCCCCAUGGUUUCAGAGAGUGAAGCACCCUGCCUGGAAAUGGGCUGGCCAGUGGCAGACUGGAGUUACCACCUACAGGGGGCUCCCAGUGUGGAGGUCUACUUCCAGUCACAUCAUUCAGCCAGUGUGAAAGAUCUGCUACGAGAAUUCAUCAGAAAAGCUAGAACUGUUCUGGCAAUUGUGAUGGACACUUUCAGUGAUGUGGAGAUUUUCUGUGACAUUCUUGAGGCCACAAAAAAGCGCAACGUGUCCGUCUACCUACUACUGGACCACAUCAACCUGCAGGUGUUUAAAGAGAUGUGUGCAAACUUACAAAUCAACAAAUCACAUCUUACUCACAUGUCCAUUCGUAGCAUAUGUGGAGAGACCUACUGCUCCAAAUCAGGGAGGAAGUUCACUGGACAGGUGAAGGAGAAGUUUGUGAUCAUAGACUGCACCCAUGUGCUCGUUGGCACAUACAGCUUUACCUGGUUGUCCUGGCAAGUUCACAAGAACAUGGUGAUGCUCUUUAAAGGAGCCAGUGUGAAGGCCUUCGACAUCGAGUUCCGCCGGCUGUACGCCGCCUCAAAACCAGUCCCAGAAUUCUCCACUGCAGCAGGUCCGGACGAUCGCUUGAGUCCACUUCCACAUUUCAUACAACCACUGACUGCAAAGUUCCUGACAGGAACGAACGCUAACAUGAUCCCACAAGCCGGCGUCAGUCACCCCAGUCAUCUCCCCCAUCUCCAGAAGCCCAGCUCCCCCACACUACCCGUUAUCCCCGGCCUGUAUAGCCAGCAGUUUCUCAAUACCAGACCCCUGCUGUCACUCUGGCGCCCGCAGAGGAUUCAUCAGCCUGCCGUGGGUCAGCGUUUCCUCCCAAGAAAUUAUAAUAAUAACUCUGGGAACGUUUCCUGGCAUCUUCAAAACAACAACUACCACUACCAAUUCCUCCACGGAGCAGCUCCUCUCAGCACUCCACGGUUUUCACACACCAAGGCAAACUGUGGACUGUUUGGGGAACAACACUGAAGGGGUGCCAUAAUGUGUUGCCACCAUUAUACCAUGAUUUCAUGUAAUCUAUACAAUUUUAUCUUUCAAAAGUUUGGAAGGAACAUCUGACAGUUGACUGCCAGGGUUUUAAUCAGUCAGUGGCGCACCUGUGUUUUACGCUGCCAAGAUAGCAAAACGUCAGAAAUUUACCUAAAUACCUCUUUUUCAGACCACCAGACCAGUAUAGACCUACAGCUCUGGAACAAAUUAAGAGACAUUAUAGAGUACAUUGUAAUAAAGUAUUAAAUGUGGUCUGAUUAUUACCAAAGUCACACUAUACUAUAUUGUGCUGUUUUUCUUUUUAUAUAUGGUUCUGAGUGUGCUCUCAUCCAGCUGCAGCCUCUGCCGAGACUCCUCAAUUCCCUUUUUUAAAUUUUUUUUUUACAGUUUCUAAAAAUUGGGAUGUGACUAGGGCUUGUUAAAAUUUCCAGUACCGAUACGAUACUUUGAAUUCGAUACCAAUACCCAAACAACAUUUUUUUAUACCUUUUUCUAAAUUGUAGAGCAAGAGAGGCCAAGAGAGCAAGAGACAGCGCGGGAGAGCGAGAGAGAGCAAGUGAGGGCGAGAGACAGAGCGAGAGACAGCGAGAGAAUGAGAGACAGUGCAAAAGAGCAAGAGAAAGCAAGAGCAAGCGAGAGACAGUGUGAGAAAAAAAAGAGAGGGAGAGAGAGAGUGAGGGACAGCGUGAGUGAGAGAGUUUAUGCAAUGUAUUGAAAAUAAGCACCAACUUUUUUUUAGACCUUUUGCUACUGGGUAGUGCCGAAAAAUGAUAAAACAACAACUUCUGAUUUCUUUAAAUUGUAGUGUACAUUUCAAACACAAAAUCUACUAUUUCUAAAUCGUUUUCUACUAUUUACUCGAAAAACAGUGAAGAUGUCUUGUAGACAGUUAAAAAUAGCACAGAAUUUGUUAUUACUUAUUUGAUCCCUUUUUGUUAAGUGUUAUUGUAUAUUAUUGAUUUAAACAUCUUUGAAUAGUAGUAAGGAUUCUGUAACUAGCUUAAGAACUGAAAACAUUAAUAGCUUACAAGAUUUA